AUGGCUCUCAACCCUAUUACUUCUAUUAAGAGCCCUAUACACACCCGGUUAACGGCCAUUAGGUCCACCGAGUCUGUUAUUCGUUGUAUCGAUGCUAAAAAUACUAUUGGUGAUGAAGACUUGUUGGCAGAGAUUGGCUACAAGCAGGAGUUGAAAAGGACCUUUUCAACCUUCCAAGUCUUUGGUAUUGCAUACUCCAUUAUGGGUUUGCUUCCAUCUAUUUCUUCUAUGGCUUUAACGGGAUACUCUGCAGGUUCAGGUGGUUUCCUAUGGUCAUGGUUGGUUUCUUCUGUGUUUAUUUUAUCGAUAGGAAUGAGUAUGAGUGAACUUUCUUCAUCCAUUCCUACUUCGGGUGGACUUUACUACUGGACAUUUCAUUAUUCUCCUGAAGGAUACAGAGUUCCAAUUGCUUAUGUGAUUGGAAUGAGUAACUCGAUGGCUUUAUGUUCCGGUUUGGUUUCUAUCGCUUAUGGAAAUGCCGAGGAGAUUUUGGCUGCAGUGUUUAUAGCUCAAGAUGGUAACUUUGAGAUCACAAACGGUAAGCUUUACGGUGUAUUUGCUGCCUGCAUCAUUUCUCAGGCCAUCUGUACGUGUCUUUCGUCUAAGCACAUUGCUUGGCUUCAGACAACUUCUGCUAUCUGUAACACCGGACUUAUUGUUCUCUAUUUGAUUGCCUUACCUAUUGGUACUUCCAAUAAUCUCCAUCAUUUCAACGAUGGGGAAUUCAUCUUUGCUAAAGUUCAAAACUUCUCUAACUGGCCGAUUGGUUUCCAAUUUGUUCUUUCCAUGAUGACAGCAGUCUGGACCAUUGGCGCAUUUGAUUCCUGUGUUCAUAUGUCCGAAGAGGCAAGAAAUGCAUCUUUCGGUGUCCCGAUAGGUAUCAUCAGCUCUAUUAGCUUCUGUGGAAUUCUUGGCUUUUUCAUCAUUGUCUGUACUAAUGCCUGCAUUAACAGCGAUAUUGGUGUAGUGUUAGACAGUGAUACUGGCUUCCCGAUGGCUCAAAUUAUUUAUGAUUCUUUGGGACGUGAAUGGGCCAUUGCUAUGAUGGCCUUAAUGGCUGUGUGUCAAUGGCUUAUGGGAUCAUCUAUUUUGACCGCCUUGUCUAGACAGGUGUGGGCUUUUGCACGUGAUGAUGGUUUACCAUUUGCUUCCAUAGUGAAGGUUGUUAAUAAGAGAUUAAAAGUUCCAAUUAGAGCAGUGAUAUUCGCUACCAUUGUGGGUCUCUGCUUGGGAUGUCUUUGCUUGGCAGGUUCAGCAGCAUCUCUUGCUCUUUUCUCUCUUGCCGUCUCAGGAAAUUACCUUGCCUGGUGUACUCCUAUCUUUAUGAGAUUGACUUAUGGUAAAGACCGGUUUGUUCCUGGAAAGUUUUAUCUUGGAAAGAGAUGGUCCGUCAUCAAUUCGUGGAUUUCUUGUGCCUGGGGUGCAUUUAUUAUCUGCAUUUCCAUGUUUCCCUCAACUAAAGAUGUCGAUGGUUCAACAAUGAAUUACACCUGUGUUAUUUCUUGUGGUGUUUGGCUUUUGUCUGCAGCUUAUUACUUCCUCUACAAGUAUAAGUACUUCCAUGGACCAAAGUCUAAUUUGGCUCCGGAAGAUGUUGUCAAUAUCAAUGAUGGCAUUCCACUUUCUCUUGAUGAGCCAGAAUCAGACAAGAAAGAAGCCUGA